AUGACUAAAGAGCCAGGUUUGUCCAAUUUGGACGUCGAUUACGUUGUGUCGUACCGUGUAGAUUCUAAAGACAAGGAAGGAUCCAUCAGACAGUUUAAGGAGCUGAUCAGGGUACUUGCUGAAGUUGGCUUGACAUCUGAAGUACGGACAGGCGAUGAUACCUCUCUGCUCGUCUUUGUGAAAGCGGCAGACGAGGAUGUUUUGGCCAAAGUCGUCCAUCGGUCUCGCAUGAAGGACUGGCUUUAUGGCGUGCGACAAAUACAGCCCGUCGGAGAUGCUGCCACAGCCUUGACGAACGAUCCUCUCACGGACGCUGAGCGACACAGACAAAUUUAUCACAUGAUCACUGGACUACGGGAAGACGGGGGAGCUGGAAUUACUCCUGAGUCUGGUCGAUGGAAGAAUGUCGAGUCGGUCUUUCCGCUUCACGAUCACGCAAGAAACAAGAAGUGGUUGCUCGACUUCGCGAAGAAGACCUUCUUGACCCCACACGAUCUGGACGACAUCAAGGACGCUGUUGGCGAAAAGAUCGGAUUUUACUAUGCUUUCCUGCAGUCAUAUUUCACCUUCAUGAUCUUCCCAGCUGCCUUUGGAUUCUCCUGCUGGGUCUUACUGGGCAAUUUCUCUGCUAUAUACGGCAUUGUCAACGUUGUUUGGUGCCUAGUGUUUGUCGAAUACUGGAAACGCCAAGAGCAAGAGCUAUCUAUUCGUUGGGGUGUGAAGAACGUCUCUGUGAUUCAGGAGAAGCGUCGCGAUUUCAAGCCUGACACCAUGAUUCGCGAUACUGUAACAGGGGAGGAUGUUCCACACUUCUCAGGCAAAAAGCGACUUCAGCGACAAUUGCUACAGAUCCCGCUGGCCAUCCUAUGCGUGGUCGGUCUCGGCACCAUUAUCGUGACCUGCUACUCGAUUGAGAUCUUCAUCUCUGAGGUCUACAAUGGUCCAUUCAAAUCGGUCCUCACCUUCACUCCGGUCGUCCUUCUCACCUUAUCGAUUCCUCCUACGUCGACUUUUCUCACGUCCUUCGCGGAGAAACUCACCGCCUACGAAAACUACGAAACUCAAGACGCUCACGAUAAGGCUAUGACCUCGAAAGUCUUCGUCAUCAAUUUCCUGACUUCCUACACGGCCAUAUUCUUGACGGCCUUUGUGUACGUGCCCUUCGCCACGAUUCUUGUUCCAUACCUGGAUGUCUUCAGCCUGACUGUCAAGCCCUUCGCGGAGAACGACGCUCAAACGAGAGCUCCGACUUCAGAGUCCUUCAGCAUCAAUCCGAACCGCCUCAAGAAUCAGAUGAUUUAUUUUGCGGUAACCGCACAGGUUGUCAACUUCGCUACAGAAACCAUUCUGCCACUAGUCACACAGAAAGGCAAGCAAAAGUACAACGAGAUGCAGGCCUCCCGCGCUGAACGUCAUGGUGGCACCUCUCCGACGCCUGAUGCCAACGAUACCCCAGAGGAACGCGACUUCCUGCGUCGCAUGUGUAUUCAGUUCGGCUACCUCUCCCUAUUCAGCUCAGUCUGGCCAUUGACACCCGUUUCGUACUUCAUCAACAACUGGAUCGAGCUGCGUGGAGACACGUUCAAGCUGACCACAGAGUGCAGACGGCCAAACCCUGAGCGCGCCGACAGUAUCGGACCAUGGCUUUCGAGCCUCGAGUUCCUUGCCUGGCUCGGAAGUGUGACUACUGCAGCAGUAUGCUACAUGUUCAGCGGAAGUGAUGACCCGGAGAAGGGCGGAUUAGGUCCAGACGGUCGUCCACAUCAGAUCAAAGGCUGGGCAUUGCUACUCUGCAUCUUCUUCUCCGAGCACAUCUUCCUCGUGGCAAGACUGGCAGUGCGCACGGCUUUCAGUAAGCUUGACUCGGUCAAUCUGCGCAAGGAGCGUUCCGAGCGCUUUAUGGUGCGCAGAAAGUAUCUCGAGGAAGCUGGUCUGAGCGAUGCAGUCAAGCCAUUGGGCAGCGGCAACGAGAAGCUGUCCACGAAUGCAACCCGAGCGCUCAUUGACGAGAAGGGAGACGCAGACGUAUUGGGUGACAUUACGCGGAGCUCGCUUGAGGAAGACGCUAGACAAGAAUCACUCACCGAAGACAAUAUGGAGCCCGCCGCGAGACGAUUUUGGGGCCGGCAGCGAACUUGGCGUGAAUCAGAGAAGGUCGGGCUUCAUCUCCUAGAAGAACUAGAAUGGGGAGGUGCGGAAGGAAAGAAGUCGAAGUGA